AUGGAGGCUAAUAAUUCGGACCUUGUAUCUAUGUCUAUUAGGGAGCUUAUACAGAAAGUUAACCAGAAUUCUGCAAAUACGACUGAAGGGCCAGCAGAAGCUGUUACAGAGGAACAAAAAGAUGAAGAGCAAAUUCUAAAGGAAAUCAUAGCAAGGAAGCCAGUCUUCACUGACUAUAUCGAGAGACUUGUAGAUUCAUAUGAUAAAGGUAAUGACCAAGAGAAAUCCAAGGAGCUGAUCCUCAACUGCAUUGAGGCCAAUGACUGCAAUCUUGGACUCUGGAUGGUCUACCUCAACUGGACUCUUAGUAAUGAAUACAUUGCUAAUAGUGAUGAGGAGAAAACAAGAGAAGUCUUUGAAGAAGCUAGGUCUAAAAUCGGCAAGCAUCCUCAAGCUUGGAAGUUUUGGAAAUAAAUAUGCCGAGUUUGAAACAAUGUGUCAUAAUAAGAACUCAACAAAUCUAAUUUACUACUGCGCACUCCUAGCUAAGGUUGAGAGCAUUGACCAGCUUAAGGAAGAAUAUUUAAAGUUCCUCGAUGCCAACUUCGAUUCAUUAAAAGAUUCAAUUACCAGUGAAAACCCACCUGAAUUUAAAGAGGAGAAGCCAACUCUAUUGAACUAUUUCCUUGAGGCUUCUAAUGACAAGGAGAAUUUCAUUAAAAUAAUGACAGAUCUGUUGGAUAAGGCUAAGGAAGGAAAUGCUACUAGAUCUGCAUACGAACAGGCAUUCACUUGCACCAGUUAUUCAGUAGAAAACAUAUCAGAUGACAGUCUCAAGAAAGAGAAAGAAACCUGGAAAAGCUAUAUUGAGAAAGAAAAAGCAGAAAGGAAUUACCAAGGGGUCCAGAUGUUGUACAAAAGGAUGCUUGUUCCCUUCUAUGAUGAUUUUUCAGUCUGGAAGGAUUAUAUUGACUACCUCUCCAACACUAUGGGUCAAGUUGAGAAGUGCAGAACUAUGUACAAGAAGCUAAGAUCUAGCCCCAUUGUUGAAGACAAGGAUGUUAUUCUUGAAAUUUAUCUCUCAAAUGCUCGUUUUGAAGAAGAUCAGGGACAAAUCAAGCUCGCAAGGAAAAUUCAUAAAACAAUUUGCAACUCCUUAUGCCCUAAUCUGAUCAAAGGAAUUACUGAGUACAUCAGGUUUGAGCAAAGAGUUCAGGGCCCUAAGAAGAAUAUACUGGAGUUUUUAGAAGACUCUUUGGAAAGAGCGAUCAAGAAGGAGGAUGAAUUCGCCACUAUUUUCCUAACUGUAAACACUUGUCGUUUUCAUUUCUCCAAUGAUCAAGAUUUGGAUUUGGUUUUUGACAUAUUUUCAGAUUCAGUCAAGUCUUUUAGACAUUCUAAACGACUUUAUCUAAACCUUAUUAAACUUUUAGAAUCCAUAAAUUCCACAGAAAACAAACUAUAUAGCAGAAGUUUUGAAAUUAUUGAGAAAGCAACUCUUGACGCUAAGUCAGAGUUUGACGAACUAACUAAGAAGGAAAUUGCUGUUGCCUAUCAUUCCUGGUUAAGAAGAAAUUGCCAGCAGAGCACAUAUAUAGAACUGGUUGAGGAUAGAUUCUAUAAAGCCAAACUUAUUAAAAGCGAGGAAGGGCAGGUUACUCAAUUCCCCCCUCAAGAAGUUCCUUCAGGAGUGAAUUCAGGACAAGCUGCUCCGAUUGCUUUAGCUCCAGCUCCUCCUCCACCACCUGCACCUCUUCCAGCUCCUGCUCCUCCAAUUGAUGCCUCCCACGCUGGUGAUAAGAGAACUGCAGAGAAUCAUACUUCACAAGAGAGUGAUUAUAAGAGACAGAAGCUUGAAGAAUAA